AUGAAAGAAUUACCCCUUUCUUUAUUCAGUAAACUUUCGAAUGAAUUUCAUAAGGAUGCAAGUAUUGACGACGAGAAAAAGAAGCUAAUUUCUUCCAUUGGUUUGUUAACUGAUGAAAAGCCAACUGAAUUGCUUCAUUACACCAGAACAUUGGCUGGCGAGAUCAAGAUAAAUGACAAACAAGGUUUAAAAUCAUUGAAUAUUUCUAUAGGCAAAGGAAGGAAGUCAAAAUCUAUAAAAUCAGAAAGGAUAAUAGGUUCUGAUUUGACUGCAGGGUAUGAAAGUUUCAAGAAAGCAUCUGCUAGAGAAAUAUAUCAAUUAGAUGGUUUAUUUACCUCUCUAAAAUAUUAUUUGGAGAAUGCAGAGGACAAGAAAACAUCGCUCGACAGGAUUCAGUCCUCAAUAGUGUCACUAAGACGAAACUUGCUUAUGCUAAUGCUAAUACCUUUAAAUCAUUGGAGAGAGUAUAGAUUCAACGUGAUUUACUGGAAAGGAAUAAUCAUAUUAGACUACGAUUGGGAAUAUUUUGAGGACGAUAUCACAAUAGGCUUGUCAAAUUUGGGUUUGAGUCGCCGAAAUAAUACAGACUUACUACAGUAUAGUGGCUUUAAAUUCGAAAACUUAAUCACGCUGGCACCAGAUAAAUCUAAUGACUUUUAUACGCUCGUCUCUCAGAAUUAUGAUAAUUUCAAUACAGUUUUUACUGCUGAAGUUGAUGCUGGAAUAGAUAAUGUUGCCUCUUUGUCUUCUUAUGUUGAAUUGAAAACACAUAGCCAAUUUAAGUCACAAAUAGACUUCAAAUUGGCUUCCAAAUUAAUGUCAAGCUGGUGUCAGACAAAAUUGGUUGACGGUAAGCAUGUAGUUAUUGGAUUUCGUUCAAAGGGCUAUAAUCUCACAUCUAUAAAAAUGUAUCAAACCAACGAAAUAGCUAACUUGUUGAACUUACACCCGUUGAAACUUCCAGAUUACUCUACCAUCACCUGCAAGAAGCUAGUAAGAUGGUAUAAAUGUACCUUGAAAUGGAUUGUUGACCUGGUCCGAAAUGAGAGCGAUGAUAACGACUAUAGGGUAUUUAAAAUCCAUUACUCACCGAAGAGUUCACCUGUUAACUCGUGCUUGUCCUUCGAAACUAUCGAUGACACUACAGGGAACGACAUUUUUAACCAAACUAUCCCACAGUGGUUUCAAGAAUAUAUGAACGAUUUCGCUGAGCCUGGUAAUUGUUAA